AGCGCGUCGGUGCGGUUUGACCGGGAAUAACCUCCUGAAUCAAAUGGGUCCCGCAGGCCUGCUGCUGCUGCUGCAGAGGAAGGAGCGUGUUGGGCUGCGAUCAAUGGGUCUGUAUUCCUGUCUGUCCCGUAUGCACACCGAUUUAUAAGUUAAACCUUACCGGUUAAGCAACCUCACCGAAUGGAACACGCUGUUUUCAUUUUUUUUUUUUUUUCAAAUCUACAAAAUCCUUUAUAGAAACUCGACAGUUCGUGUGGACUCAGUUACACGCAGAGCCUUUCCUUUGGCUGCCCAGGAAAUAAUCAGUCUGUGAUGGAUGAAGUCAGAUUGAGGAUUUUUCGCUGCUGCUUUUUCAGUUUUCGUCUGGAUUAUUAAUUAUAUGCACUUUGAAAAACCGGAACAAUCCUCGAAGCUGUUGUUGGCCUUGCAUUCUACAGCUAAACAAUUAUACUUGUCGUUGUUUACAAUAAAUACACUCAAACUAGCCAGUCCAGGCCUUGACGCCGGGUGAACUCCAAAAAGACAAUGGCAGCUUUUGGUUCCAAUGUGCUCUUGUCUGUGACAAGAUCCAGGGGAUCAUACCUCCUCACCCAGAGACACCAUUGCCUAUAUUUCCCUUCCAUGGCAGCACUCCACUACCACCACGAACACUCAAACAGGACUUCUUCUGUAACUAAAAGGAAUCUCAACUCUACAUACGUUGCUAGCGCUCUGCCUCACUUACGGAUCAGUUACUUAUCGUCUCGCGCGCUGCAUGGGUCGUGCUGCUGGCUUCAAGAAGCGAAACCGGCUAGUGAGAGCAGUACUGUAAAGGAGGACCCAGCUCCUGCCCCAGCACCUGAGAAAGCUGUGGUGAAAAAGUCAUUGAGACAGAAAGUAGUGGACGAAGUGAAACAUUAUUAUAAUGGAUUUCGGCUGCUGGGGAUUGAUACCAAGGUCGCUGUGAGGAUGGGCUGGAGGUUACUGCAUGGGCAGCAGCUCACCAGAAGGGAGAGGAGAAGGCUGCUGAGGACCUGUGCAGAUCUUUUUCGUCUUGUCCCGUUCACCGUCUUCAUCAUCGUCCCUUUUAUGGAGUUCCUGCUGCCUGUGUUUCUCAAGCUUUUCCCAGAGAUGCUGCCUUCGACCUUUGAGACACAAUCAAAGAAGGAAGAGAAACAGAAGGUACAGCUGGCAGCCAAACUGGAACUGGCCAAGUUUCUCCAAGAAACCAUUGCAGAGAUGGCCAGGAGGAAUAAAGCCCAAACGGCUGAAACGCAAAAGUUUUCAACAUACGUACAGAAGGUUCGACACUCUGGGGAACAGCCUGCCACCCAGGACAUUGUGAGUUUCUCCAAGCUCUUUGAGGACGAGCUGACCUUGGAGCACCUAGAGCGCCCCCAGCUGGUUGUGCUGUGUAAACUGCUAGAGCUGCAGCCCAUCGGCACGAACAACCUGCUGAGAUUCCAGCUCCGCUUGAAGCUGCGCAGUAUCAAAUCCGACGAUGAGGUGAUCGCUCAGGAAGGUGUGAACUCUAUGAGUGUACCAGAGCUCCAGACGGCCUGCAGGAUCCGUGGGAUGAGAUCACUGGGCGUGACAGAAGACCAGCUCCGUCAACAGCUCAAACAGUGGCUGGAGCUCCAUCUGAAGGAGAACGUGCCCCCCUCUCUUCUGCUGCUCUCUCGUGCCAUGUAUCUGACAGAUGUCUUGCCAGCCCCUGCUGUCAUCCCGACACUGCCAAAACUGGAAUCCAUUCAGCUUGAUAUAACUCUGGAAGCACCAGGCAAAGACAAAACAAAGGCAUCUGAAAUCCUGGUUGACCCAGCCCCACUAAUUAAGGGUAUCAAGGGAGAGGAACUGUUGGAAAAACCCAUUGAGAAGACUUCAAAAGAGCCUUUAAACCCUGAAGUUGUAACUCUUGCCAAAGCUGUGGAAGAAUCACAAAAAAGCACAAAGAAAGUCAGUGCUAAUGGAGUUUGAAGGCAGGAUGCAUGUUUGUUAACUGGCCUAUUGGAUGAAAUUAUGGAAAGAAACAAAAUGAAUAAAUAGUAUUUUAUAGAAAAUCUUUCCCCCUGGGUGCUUUGUAAGAGUUUUGUCUUUACAGGAAAUUUUCCAGUUUCGUAGGAAAGGAUGCUUGGAGGGUUAUUGCUUGGCAGUUUUUUUUUUUUUUUUCCUGUUUGCAACCAUCCAAAUCUAGUAACUGAACUGUUUUAUAUAAUUUGAAACAUGGUGCGUGAUCAGUUUUUAUAAAGUGCUUAAAGUAAUAGGGGCACUCUAAAACCAUAUCCACAAUGUAUCUAGGUUGAUAACCACUAAAAUCAGUUAUUUUGGGAUCUAUUCAAAUGAUCUGGUAUGUGGCAGGUCUAAAUUGAAUUGAGUUGAAAUUGUUAAAAAAAGACUUUGUAAAAACCACGCUCUCUAACAGUGUGUGCGAGGCUCUAUUUUAUUUUUUAUAAGUAACUCAGUUUGGUUUAAUAAAACGGUGCCAAGAUUUAGAUCUGCCAUUGUUUAGGUCUUUUCAACACUGUGGGUUUCUAUCCAGUGAGGACUUUAUUUGAAAAUACCACAAACCUUUUUGAAAGAACGAUGUGAAAAUGGCUUCUGAUUAUACCCCAGACUAAGAUCCUACUCUGUAGCUGCACUAAUGUGUGUUUUGUGUGUGUAUAUAUAUCUAAUAUAUAUAUUGUAAAUAUAGUGGAACUAUGUAAAUGAAUUAUCUUAUGACAUAACCAGUGUAUUUUCCAGCCAAGUGUCUACAUACCUCCUAAUAAACAACAAAACUCCUGA